AUGAAGGCAAGACAUAAAUACUUGGAUGAUCACGAAGGCUUUAAAGAUACCCUUCCAGAUUUGCGUUAAUAUGGAUAACUAAGAAUGCUAUCCAAUGCUCUAGCUUUAACUUUUACAACUGGAUUAUGUGUAAAAGCAUUCUCAAAAAAGAAAUUUACAAAGCAUAUUUUAUACAAUGUUGGGUUAGUAGCCUUUUUGCCUAUAAUUGCAGUAGUCGGUCAUUGGUAAGAUGAAUAGAGCAAAAUUGCAGAAAAAGCAUUACACGAUCAUAUAAAGUCAUAAUUUGAAAAUAAACCAGAAUGA